CUCUCCUCCAUUAGUCAUUCAUUCUUUGUUUGUUAGCAGUGUAAUAUCCAGAAAGAUCCACCUCUUAUCUUAUCAAUUACCACUUUGUUCCAAACCAAAUUAUUCUUUGUAUAUUCAUCAACUCGUUAAUCGUUAGGUAUAUUAUAUACCGUAUAUAUGCUGAUAUAAGUACAUGCAACUUAAAACACAAAUCAGUUGAACAGAAAGUUCCACAUAUGUUGAAACAAACCAUGAUUAUUCCCCUAAAUAGAACAACAAUACAACAACCACUUACUUGCCUAACUGACAAGCAUACCAAAAUAGAUAUGUUCCGGUCUAAUUCACCGCUGGAUAUUCACACAAAUCAUUUGUUCAAAAAAAAAAUUACUAAAUAUAAAUUUGUUUAGCAUGCCCAUAUAUAUAAUAAACUCACCUCCUCCCUCUUCAUCAAACCUAAUCCACCACCUUGUGCUCAAUCACAAACACAAUAUAUAUACGUUUCCUUUUAUAUAUUACACACACAAUGUCAACCACUACCCAUAUGACCAUCCUCGGGAUGAUCUUCCUCCUCCUCGCCGCCUCAUGCAGAAGCGCUGCAGCGUUUAGCCUCUUUCUCGACGACCCUUGCACGGUGACGGAUUUUCCUGCACUGUGCAGAGGCACCAUUAAGGGUCAAAAGAAUGUGAACGCAGCUACUGAUGUGGCCAUAGCAGAGCUUAUGAAGAGGACGAGGCAUGCCAGAGAUAUCGCCAAGAAAGAGCUGAAAGUACUUGACGGAUGUGUUUCGACUUGUUUGUCUAACUUCAAUAGCGCGUUUGACAAUUUGGACAAGGCCCUUAAGAACAUUAAGGAAGGUGACCGUUUUAGCCUUAACAUUAACCUUAGUGCUGCGUUAACGGACUACGAUACUUGCAGCGAGACAAUGAAGGGAACUCCGGGGAAUAACGCCAUUUAUAAAUCCGCAGGGGUUUUGUACAAGAUGGCUGAUAAUUGUUUGGCUCUUUCUACCCUUUUUAAUUAAGCUAUGAUUUAUCAACGAAUAUUGUGGUUUCAGAGAGGAAAAAAAAAGAUAAAUAUAUUGCUUUUAUGGAGUAUAUAUUUAUAUGUUUUUAAUUUGGACUAAUUUCGGAUUUAAAAAGAAAAUUGUGGAAAGAGGAAGAUCUUGUGUUUUUGUAGGUGGAAAUUGUUUGGAUAUCGGUUUCUAAUUCAAACAUGUCAACUUUUGUUUCAGUCCUAAAUGUUUUUAUUUGUAAUCAGUGCCGGCCCUGGACGGAAGCGGAAGAAGCUUGUGCUUCCGGCCGCCGUGAGAUUAUGUUAAUUAGCGGCCACAAAUUUAACAAAAGUUAUCUACAGCACUAAUGGUUGCGAUGCUCUUAUGUUGACAAGAGGAAGUAGGUUCGAUUCUUCCUCUUUAACUUUUUAAAAAAUAUUAGAAUCAACUAAUUUAUAGGCCAUUUUAUUAAUAUUUGCUUCUGGUCUCAUAAAUACUGGGACCGGCUCUGUUUGUAAUGUUAUAUUAGUUAAAAUACUGAUGAUCUGUUUCUCCUUGAUCUCCUUUUAUUAGAGUUUAUAGCUCUAAACAAAAAUUGGAAUUUGGAGAGGGGAAAUACCAUAUAUAACAACAGCCAUAGUACAUGUUUUAUCAAGUUUCUAGGGGGUUUUUUUGGAGGAAGGAGAUCAUAUUUCAUUACCGACUUAAACAUGCAAGUGAAACUUUUUCAUUUUUAUGAUGUUUCAAGUUUUACGAAAAUUGUAGUUAACUUAUGAUUUGCUUUUGAGAAAUCGGUCGAUCUAUAUAAAUCGACCUUCGCCGAUCGAGUGAAAUGGACCAGGUCGAUCAGUAUAUACUCUGCGUUUUUUUGUUCUGCAUAAUGAUCAGGAUCGAUCGAUCCGUUGGACCUUGAAAAUUCGAAUCGAUCGAUCCCGUAUGAUCGAACUCAUUAUAUAUUUUAUUUAAAAAAUUACAAUUUUAAGGACAUUACUGCUAUUUUGAAAAAAAUUAUUUUAAUGGGACAUAAAGUAAUAGAGAUUAGUUUAAAAGGGCAUAGUUAUCAUUUUUUUUGCUAUAAAAAACAAAUUUCCCUUGUUUUUUUAGUAAACUUUCAUUUGUCUAGCUAGUUACAAUUAGGAAAUAAUCUUAAGUAUGUUUUUUAUUAAGUCGUGUCUUUUUUUUUUUUUUGUUGCCGUGUUUCUGUUUGAGACCUUUUGCUACAACAUGAUGGACUUCUCUUUUUAGGCGUGGAAGAUAAAGUGGCUGAAUUGGUCCAUCUUGACCACUGCUUGGUGUUUUGGUCGCCGUAUUUCUAAAUAAGGAAACUUGAUCACCUUGAUUGCGUCCUUGUCUCCAUCGACAUAAUUUGUCACUAUCUCUCUAUGUAGUUUAAUUUAGACUUUAGGGGCCUUUUGCUAGACCCGUGGCUGUGAGUGACAGUUUCUGAGAGUUCAUAUAUACUAUCUUUGUCUUAGUAUAUUUUAUAAUAAUCGAAGUAUCCUAGAUUGUUGGGGAAAAGCGGGCACGAGGCGCAGCGGAAUGUAACGGUCUGAUCGUUUUUUCUUGACCUUGUGUGAACCUUUGAGGAAAAUACUUCGACGAUUCGACGAUAGCAGAAUAUAGUAUAACCAAAAACUAAAUGAGACAAUCACUUUUUAACGUUGGAAAACUUCCUCAAUGUGAGAAGGAAAAACCAACGGGACCGUAGUCCACUCGAAAAUCCACUAUAUAAAUGGGUAUGAGUACAACCACGUUCUCCCUGUUCAACACCCUGAACAGAACAGAGACUCUAGCUACAAAGAGUUAUCUCCAACACAAAAACAACAACAACAAGAGAGCAACAACAAAAGCUUCAAAACAGGCAGCCACAAGACGACCUCAGAUCACUAGGAUUCCGACAACCAGAGACUAACCCCACUGUACAAAUCCAAGAUGAACAAGUCAACAACACCUCUGCCAAAUUUCAGCUCAAUCAGAGAAGAUCCAACUGUCGGAUUUACCAAACACUCAAGACAGCACUGCUGAAGAACUGUGACGACCAGCUUCACUAAAACCCAGACAACAGAAGAUCCAACAGUUGAAAUCCAAAUCCCUUCGGUGAACCUUUAACCCACUGACUGAAGAAGCUUCCCACAAAAUAUCAGCCCAAACAGGAUCCGUUUGACCCUCCAAAUCUGCCUUGACAAACCCAGACGAAAUUUGUCUUUUUCUCUCUUUUUCUCUCUUUUGUCUAAUGAGUCUUCUUAAGCACUCUUCUUUCUUGUGUCAAGUCUAACUUUCUCUGCUUACCACAGAAAUUAGGUUAAGAGACUUUAUAAUGUGUCUCACUAACCCCCCAAGGCCCAAUAUUAAUCUCAUGGACUAAUACCAAUGGCCCAACUUCCAGGUUUGGUUAUCACCAACCAAACCCAAUGGGUUUCCUCCAUCUAGAAGGAACCCAACAAACUCCCCCUCCGACUAGGUGGAGGAAACAGCCAUUCCGGCCAUCACUCAGCAUACUUCAAGCUUCCCCCUCGGCAAAGACUUUGUCAUAAUAUCAGCUCCAUUAUCAUCUGUAUGAACUUUCUCCAGUUCCACUUCCUUAGAAGCAACCACAUCUCGUAUCCAAUGAUACCUCCUAUGAAUGUGUUUUGACUUCGAAUGAAAUGUAGAGUUCUUCCCGAGACAGAUGGCGCUUUGACUAUCACAAAGCAACACAUACUUUUCUUGCUUGAAACCGAUCUCUUCACAGAAGUUCUUCAUCCACAACAACUCUUUACAAGCUUCAACUGCAGCAAUGAACUCUGCCUUAGUGCACUACAAGAAAACACAGUUUUAGCAAGGAAAUUUAACGAUGAAAACUAAUCCUCGUGAAAUUACGUUGACUUAACGAUGAAAUUGCGAGGAAAUAAAGUUUCCUCGUAA